CGCCCUCUCUCUCUCUCUCUCUCUCUCUCUCUCUCUCGAUACACUGACAAAAAAGACUUGUCUUUUGCUCAGCAGUGAGAUGCAAGUGUUUUGGUUUUGUUUGAUGCUGCUGGGUCCAUGACAAUGGUGGCUCUACGCGACGCAUGGAAUUGCGCCUCCGACCGAUGCUUCCAUUUCUUCCCCUGUCUCUCCGACCCAGCUCGGAGAUCUUCGCUUUGUUUGAAAGUAUCGUUGGUGUUGUUGCAUCUGAUCUUCGCCGGCAUUCUCUUCCUUCUCGAUAAGGAUUUCAUUGAGAAAACAAAACAAGAACCAUGGUACACAGCAUUAUAUUUGCUAUUGUUUGUAGCUACAUUGGCUCAAUAUUUCCUGACUUCCUGUUCUUCCCCUGGCUAUGUUCUUGAUGCAAUGAGGUCUGCUAAUGAGAGAGAUGCCUUAUUUAGAAAGACAACAAUGACUUCAAAACAACCUGCUUCAAGCAAAAAUGGGAGCGUAGUCAUUAAUGUGGAUGGCAAUCAGUUGGGAAGGAAUCUUUUAGGGAGUGAUGCAACAUCUUGGACAAAACUGGUGAUGGAGAUGUACCCUCCUGGAACAUCUGCUAGAACUUGGACUUGCACUUACUGUAACAUUGUGCAGCCCCCACGUGCGAAGCAUUGUCAAGAUUGUGACAAAUGUGUUCUUCAGUUCGACCAUCAUUGUCUUUGGCUUGGGACCUGCAUAGGCCAGCGUAACCACUGCCGAUUUUGGUGGUACAUUUGUGAGGAAACAGCUUUGUGCAUUUGGACUGGCAUCUUGUACAUUACUUAUUUAAUGGCCAAUUUUUCAAAGGCGUGGUGGAUAGAUGUAAUCAUGAUCUUGCUGUUGUUUGCUCUGUCAGUUUCCCUCAUCUUUCUGCUCCUUCUUCUUCUUUUCCAUACGUAAGUAUUUAUCAUUCCUUGAAGAUGCAACCCUUUUCACCAUAGAACCAUGGAUUGGUUUAU